AUGAACGGAAACUUGAUUUUAACGGCAGCAUUGGAGGUAGAUGGUGUCAAUGUGAAGGAUCUCGACAAUAUGUUGAAGGCUGCUCUGGCGGUUCUAUAUGCGUGGGACACUCUGAUCACGUUCUCAGAUGAGGUGGAUCUUAUAUGGAGAUCCGGGAUCAAGCUUCCUAAAGUUCUAUAUUUCGUUAACCGGUACUUCGCUCUCGUCUUUGGGGUUGCGAUUAAUGCUCAUGAAACACCUGAAACGUUGGUAAUUCAUGUCGAUACAAUUGAGCUGGCUAAUUUCAGAAAUAGCUGUCAUGCCUGGACCGGAUUAACAACUAUGGCUGUAUUUGUAGUAUGGUUCAACGGGGAAGGCAAGCGUCACGUUGAUAGGUUACCCCCCAGGAUAGCUAACAGUUCCACAAAAGCCGUCAUUUUGUGUCACAUCAAUGCCAUAUUCCACCAUCUGUUCGCCCUUGUUGGGAAUGUCGCCUACGUCGUUUUGAACAAGGCACCAGUGGAGCUACUCGGGAUUUGCAUCAGAGAGCCUGUGGCAGUGUCGUUUCUAACCCCUACCUACGUCAGCAUACCGAUGCUAGUGUUGGACAUUGUGUUCAUGACGUUAAUUGGAUAUAAGACCAUAACAUAUUACGCUCAGUCCGUCAACAAAAAAUGGGCAGGAGCAGCUCUCAUGAAGACUCUCGAACCAUAUGUCUUCUUUGUGGCGCAAAGCGUCUUGUUCUCUUUCUUUGCGAUGGCGAUAAAUCGUCUCGUAUUGGGCAUGAACAAGGUCAACAUGCAACAGCUCCGCGGUGAUCAGACAACGGGUGUAACAGAAUCUUCGGUCGUGUUCGCCUUAGAUGCACCGUCGGGGGUUUAG